AUGAAUAUGGAUUCACACUUACAAGAAGAUUUGUCAACCAACAACGAGAAUUUAUAUACGAAUGAAUUAGGUAUUCCUCCUCCAAGACAGGAAAACAUUACAGAGUUAAGUCGCUAUUUAAUUGACUUAAGAGGUGCAGUCAAUGAAAAAAGCUAUCUAUUUCAAAGGCAUGAGUUAGAACAAGGUUUCGAACGAAUUACUUUACGAACCAGGGAAAUGAAUUUUGAAAAGGAUUAUCUUUAUAGUAAUUUACGCGCGCUUGAACAGAUAAACCUAGUUGAGAGACGUCUGAAUCAUUACAAAAGUUUAGAGGAGUCUAAUAAUAGUCAACCUCCACAAUGGUUUAUUAACUUUUUUAAUGAUCCUAAUGUCGGAUUUCUUGCUCUUAAAAGGGAGAUGGUAUCCCUGGAAACCCGUCAAAUUCAACGACUGGAAGCCCUGGAAACCCGUCAAAUUCAACGACUGGAAGCCCUGGAAACCCGUCAAAUACAACGACUGGAAGCCCUGGAAGUCCGGCAAAAUCAACGGUCGGACGUAAUAGAAGAAAGCCUACGUAGUAUCGAUCAGAAACUGAGCAAGCAGGAGUAUCGAUACUAUAGAUUGCACAACAUACAGUUGAGAUCCUUGGGGAAGUCUAUUGAUGUCGUUCCAUUUGUAAAUGGCCAAGAACCAGACUUUGAUCUGCCCCAGAUUCAUUCAAUUGAGGAUAUCGAGAACUUGACAAAAGAUCAAUGUACUCGUUAUCUUGACGGCUAUGGAAUUCAGUAUGGGCCAAAUGAGACGAUAAAGUUAAAGGAGCGUCUUCGUAAUGCCGUCGGAUUAGAGUCCUUGGGAGAUAACGAGUUUCUUUUAUCUGGGUUUCGUUGA